CCACCGCCAGGGUCCCGCCGCCACCUCCGUAGCCCUGCCGGCCGCGGUCGCAGGCAGGGGUCUGGUUGGGACAGGCAUACCCGCCUGGGGACUGGGGCAUCCCGGUGUAACCGAGAGGCACGGAGCCCGCGGGGGGUGCCAGUUGCGCUGCAGCGCCCGCUUGCUGAACUGCGCGGGCAGUAGGGCGGUGGGGCUCCGGGGCGCCCCGAGGGCAGGGCGCCCUGACUUCUCCCGGGGGACCCCCAGUCUCGGGGAGCGCACAGAGCGAGCGCGCCCCGCAGCCGCACUGGACCUUGCGCUCAUUCCCCUGCGUACCCCACUUCUGCACAAACUUUUCCGACGCCCUCGCCCGUGGGGGUCGCGGAGAGUGCUGGGCUGCCCGUUGGGCUCCCGGCCCGCCGGACCCUAGCCACGCUGACCUCCUGCCUCUCGUAGCCUCAGUGGCGACCUCUCCAGGCCGGGCCGGGCACGGCACUCGAGGCGAGCGCGGCAACCCCCGGUUGCUCUCCUAAGGCUCCCGCGCCCCCCGGGGCAGCUGGGCGGGGUAAUGCCCUCGGUGAUGGAGAAGCCGAGCGCGGGCUCCGGGAUCCUGUCCCGCAGCCGGGCCAAGACGGCGCCCAACGGCGGACAGCCCCACUCGGAGGAUGACAGCAGCGAGGAGGAGCACUCGCACGACAGCAUGAUCCGCGUUGGAACCAAUUACCAGGCCGUAAUUCCGGAGUGCAAGCCUGAGAGCCCUGCACGUUACAGCAACAAGGAACUGAAGGGGAUGCUGGUGUGGUCGCCCAACCACUGUGUGUCGGAUGCCAAGCUUGACAAGUACAUUGCAAUGGCCAAGGAGAAGCAUGGCUACAAUAUUGAGCAGGCACUGGGCAUGCUCCUGUGGCAUAAGCACGACGUGGAAAAGUCGCUGGCUGACCUGGCCAACUUCACACCGUUCCCCGACGAGUGGACCGUAGAGGACAAGGUGCUGUUUGAACAGGCUUUUGGCUUCCAUGGCAAGUGCUUCCAGCGGAUCCAGCAGAUGCUGCCCGACAAGCUGAUCCCCAGCCUGGUGAAGUAUUACUACUCUUGGAAGAAGACCCGCAGUCGGACCAGUGUGAUGGACAGACAGGCUCGGCGGCUGGGGGGCCGAAAGGACAAAGAAGAGAGUGAUGAGCUUGAAGAGGGACGAGGAGCCAUGAGUGAGGGAGAGCCAGAUGCUGGAGACCCCAAGAGAGAGCCUCUGCCCUCUCGGCCCCUGAAUGCCCGCCCAGGUCCGGGGAAGAAGGAGGCCCAGGGGUCUCAGUAUCGUCACCACCCACUGAGAACCCGGCGGCGCCCACCCAAGGGCAUGUACCUGAGCCCCGAGGGCCUCACUGCAGUGUCGGGAAGCCCAGACCUUGCCAACCUCACCCUUCGAGGCCUUGACUCCCAGCUCAUCUCCCUCAAGCGCCAGGUGCAAAGCAUGAAGCAGACCAAUAGCAGCCUCCGGCAAGCCCUGGAGGGCGGCAUUGAUCCCCUCCGUCCCCCUGAGGCCAACACCAAGUUCAACUCCCGCUGGACUACAGACGAACAGCUUCUGGCUGUACAAGCUAUCCGUAGGUAUGGCAAAGACUUCGGGGCUAUUGCAGAGGUGAUUGGGAACAAGACUCUGACCCAGGUGAAGACCUUCUUUGUGAGUUACCGGCGCCGCUUCAAUCUGGAGGAGGUGCUGCAGGAAUGGGAGGCUGAGCAGGAUGGGACCCCUGGAGCCCCGGUCCCCAUGGAGGAGGCCAGGAGAGGGGCUCCCUUGCCAGCCCCUGCCCUAGAGGAAGAUGAUGAGGUCCAGAUUACAUCCGUCUCAACAUCUGUGCCCCGAUCCGUGCCCCCUCAAUAA